AGAGGCGCGGCGCGGGUGUGGGGCACUGGUCGGCGGUGGUCUCAGUCGCCGACCUCAACUGUCGGGGAGCGGACGGUGUCGCUGGGCUGACCUGACCUGCUGCGGGACACAGCCGAGACCGACAGUCAGUGGCGGAGGGUUCAGAGGAGACGCCAAUAGCAAAGGAGGGCAUGGCGCCCGGAAGGAGUCGGCAGCUGCUGCCGCUGCUGCUGGCGGCGGUGGUAGCCGUGGGCUCGGCAGAGCCCAAACCGGAGGCCAAAUGGCCGUGGAGCAGCGCGCCGCGCAGAGCCCACCGUCGCUCGGCGUUCCCCAGCCCGGCCGCUGAUGACUGGCAGCCGAUCGGACCCGGUGAUCCGCUCAGCAACGCGCCCACCUUCCAGUACGCGCCGCCGGUGCUGGCCCAGCCGCGCGCCGAGGACCGCCAGGACCGGUGGCCGGUCCGCACCCGCAACCCUCCGGUGCGCGUGGUCACCCCCAGCGGCGAGCGGCGCCGAGACGGUCCCUUCUCGGGAUCGUUCUUCCAGUUCCGUCUGCCGGGCGCGCGGCGUCCCCAGCGCCGACCGCGGCCAGGCGGCGGUCUGAGCUACAUCAACGGACCGCAGUUCGGUGCGCCGCAGGGCGAGCGCCGCCAGGAGGUGUACGACGAGCCAGAGUAUGUCGAGGAGCCGCCCAGACUGCUGGCCGGGCAGAGCAGCAUCCAGUCACCGCCCGACUUUGUGCCGCAAUGGGAUCCGCCGCCGGUGUUCGAGAACUUCCAGCAGGAGAAUAACUUCCAGCAGCCGCAGAACUUCCAGCAAGAGAACUUCCAACAGCAGGAGUUCCAGGAGAGGCCGGAGUUCCCGCAGCAGUUCCAGGAGAGGCCAGAGUUUCCUCAGGAGCAAAACACGGUGGAGCCUCAGCGGUUUGAGGAGCCACAGCAGCAGUUCCGACCACCGCCCCAGCCAGAGCAGUUCCGACCAUCGCCCCAGGCGGAGCAGCAGAGUCCGCCCUUCAUCCAGGAGCUGCGAGCGCCUAACCUCCAGGGAGCUCAGCCAGAGCCACAGUCGCAGCCACAGCCCCAGCAGCCUCAGCCUCGGCCCCAGUCACCGCCUCAGACUCGGCCUGAGCCCAGACCCCAGCCAACAUCCCAGCCAAAACCACAGCCCAAGCCCCAACCGAAGCCACAGCCACGUCCUCAGCCUCAGCAGCCACCACAGCCCGAGCGGCAGGAAGAUGAUGAGAAUGAGCGUCUGGUGCAGCAGAGAAAGGAGCUAAUUCGCCAGAAGCUGCAGCAGCAGUUCCUAGAUCUGCGGCGAAAGCAGGAGCAGGAUCGCGAGGAGGAAACGAAUCAGGAGGUGGAAGAAGAGUCGCUCGAUCAGACCGCCGAGGCCACUCAGUCGGAGACGUUCGUGGGCGCCCCGCCGGCGUUCGUCCGUCCCCCCUUCGACCGGUCACCGUUUGAACAGGUGGAGGCGCCGCGACGUCAGGAGAUCCCGCCACCGGAGGAACCCAGCACGACCACCCAGCGCGUGGUGGUGAGCACCACCCAGCGGCAGCGGCGACCGCCGAGCCGCCGACGCCGACCACCGUUCCGACGAACCACCACCGCCGCGACCACGACGACUACAGAGAGGACGGCGGAGCCGGCAACCCGACCGACCACCACCCAGACGACCACGGAGCGCCGGCCGCCCACCUCUGCUUCCACCACAACCACGACCACCACCACCACAGAGCGUACGGAGGCUACCACUGAGGCGCGCACCUCUCCGUCCACCACUACCACACGACGGACGACCACCACCGAGCGGCGUACCAUUCCGACCGCUGCGCGCAGGAGACCACCGACCGAGGACCGCCGCCGAGUGCCGCUAGCUAGUCUCCUCGGGAAGCGGCCGUCGCGCCCGGACCCAGUGCGGUUCAGCUCACGGCCUCAGAGCCGGCCCCGGCCGAGUCUGUUCAGCCGGCCCGCAGCGCUGGAACCACGGACCACCCCCACGACCACCACGGAGGCACCCACCACCACCACCACGACCCGUCGGACCACCGCCCGGCCGUCCCCCACCACCCGGCGGCCGACUCCCACUACCAGAGAGCCGAGCAGCAGUGACGACGCGCGCCAGAAGCUGCUGGAGCGGCUGUCUGCGCUGCGGGCCACCCGCCGACCGCGACCGUCCCUGGUCUCCCGUCUGCCGCUCUCUCGUGAGCCUCCCAGCCAGCGUCCUGCUUUCGUCACCGCCACCGCCGCCACCGCCGCCGCCGAGCCUCGAACGACGACUACGAGCAGACCGAGACCCCGCCGUCCGACCACAGAGCGCGUGUCCGUCCGGCCCGUCCAGCCGGUCUAUACCCCAAACUCUGCACCGUUCCCCAUCCAGCACACCCAGAAAGCCUCCGCGGCGGUCGUCAAGGCGCCCUACGUCCACCAGAGCGGCUACUCCAAGAUCAAGAUGUUCGGCAUCAACGUUCACGAUAAGUCACACAAGAGGAAGCCGGCCAAGUUCUACAAGAAGCCAAUCUAUCCGAUCCGGAUUGAUAAUAAAGUGAAGGCGACGACGGAAGCGCCGAGGACAACGACGGAAUUACCGACGACAGAUGCCGCGGAGACGAGCAAGGCGAUCGUGGAGAUCACCACGUCACUGCCUCCUACGACUGAGGCUCCGGAGGACAUCGUUCAGGCGCAGGAGGUCGAGGUCGCUUACCAGGAGCCGUAUGAAAGCUACGAGACUGCUCCCGCUGAAGGUGACCAUGCUCACAGCCAUGAUGAGGACUAUGAUGACUACGAGGGUUUCACCGACGACCAUGCUAUGAUGGAGAAGAUGUACUUCGAAGCCGACGGCGAUCCGGAGCUGAUGGAGGCUUCGGGAGACGGCGAGCACUUCCACGACUUUGAGCACCCGACGGCGGACCACGAGACGGUCGGCUUCCCGGAGUUCCAGUACGAGCCGGUGCCGCCUCCGUCGCACGCGUUCCGUCCGCAGCUAGCACCGGCGCUGCCGGCCCGUCGCGCCGACCACGUGACCUACCGGGAGGGCGACGAGCCGGUGCCGCCGCCGGCAGUGCACGCUCAAGAGGCCGAUAUCGUCGAGGAGCGGCCCGCGCCGCCCCCACGGCCACCACGGCCGGCCGGCGCCUCCUCCUGGAUGACAGGUCUCCUGUCGAGUCUGUUCAGCCGUCCGCGGGAGCCCGAGCCGCCGCGACCGUCGCCGCCCUCUCCGGUCAGCCUGCUGAGCGGCCUGUUCGGCGGCGGGUCGGCAGAGCGGCGCCCUCAGCCCGCCGCUGACCCGUACGGCUUCGCGCCGCCGCCCGACAACGAUCCUCUGGCGGCCAGCGCCUCCGAGACAGUGGCGGUGACGGACGCCGACGGCGAGCCGCUGCGGCCGCCGGCCGCGUUCCGUAACGUGCCGGCUCUGGCCGGACUGUUCGCCGGUCUGCCCGCCGCCGACCGGCCGCGGUUCCCUGUGGCGGCGCGACGCUCCGACGUCCGACAGACCACCGUGCGCCCCGUGUUCUACGCCAAACGCCAGGAGAAGGACGCGCACGACAGCGCCGAGGUGUCGCAGCCGUUCGAGUACGUGAGCACCCUGGACAGCCUGCGCGGCCGGCUACCGGAGCCUGUUCUCGUCCAGGCGCCCACCGCGCCGCCCAAACUGGUGGCCACGCGCGUGCCACUGCCGUGAGCGUCCGCCGAGCGAGCGAGGCAUGACAGCACGCGCGCGAACUGUGAUACACACACGGCGGAGCGAGAAGGCGCGUGAUGCUUCCGAACACGGAAGCGCACGCGUGAGACCGGAGGCAGCGUGAGUGAUGGUCGCCCUAAUUUAAUGAACACGACGGGCCGUUCCGCACGGGCGCGGCGCCGCCCCGGUUCAUCUGAUGUGAGAACGACCGACCGGGAGGCACGUCCGCCCGGCGUGGCCAGUGUUUUAGUGACGGGGCACAGUUUUAAAGCUGGCGAAAGAGACGUUGAACGUGCGAACUUUCCGUCGAACGACGGGUUCUGUUUGUUUUGUUGUCCUAGCUGCACGCCUGCUUUUGGUGCUACCGGCUCGCGAUUGGAGAGAGCAGAAGUUACGAAUGACUGUAUUUAUAGGUAGACGGGUGUUUUUGAGUGCAUGCUUUGUUCCAGUUUGUAUGCGUAUGUGACAGGGUGCCUGUAAUGUACAUAGGUAUUGUGAGUUAUUUUUCCUGCAAGAAUUGUAAGGACAUGUGUUAUUGAGGCGACCGAUAUCAUGCAGUUACGAGAGCGGUCGCUUGAUCCAUUUUAUCUGAUUUUCUACUCAGCAAACUGCCAUGAACGAUGCGCUGUCCCGUGUGUGUCGAAACUCGUAUUAGACGGCAUUGCCUGGGACCAAUGAAGCAAGUUACGCGAAGUUUGAGUGAAGCCGGUGUACUAUAAAUAAAAUGUACGCAUCUAGGAUCACUAUGUGGUCAAUUCAGCAGGGAACAAUCAGCUAUAUGAUCCAGUUCAGUGUGCAUCAUUCCAGCAGCUGACUCGUUUUUCAAUAAAUUAUCGACUUUG